AACCACAACCAAGCUGACACUAAAAUAGUCUUAAAAAGGAUCAAAAUCAAUCACUGACAAUUCCUAUCUUAAUCUUCUUCCCAUCCCAACUUUCCUGUCCCAUCUCUAAUUCCAAUGUACAAAACACACACACAAAGCUGAUUAGAUACUAAAAUAAUAGCAGUACUAUAAUACAAUAAACAUAUCAUAUAAUUAAACCUGGGUGUGCUGGAAUGAUAGUAAACCCCAUAAAGUUGAGAUCUUUUUCGUAUAUUUUGUGAUUUUGAGUGAUUUUACAAGGUGGGUUUGUCUCAAAAGCUGUGAGAAAAUGAAAUUGAGCUCGCCGGAGAUGUGUUCUUGGGCAGAUAUGCCGGAGGAGUUGCUGAGAGAAGUGUUGGUGAGGAUUGAGGCGACGGAGAAGGAUUGGCCGAUGAGGAAGACGGUGGUUGCUUGUGCCGGAGUUUGUAAGAGCUGGAGAUGUAUUAUGAAGGAGGUUGUCAAGUUGCCGGAGUUGACCGGAAGUUUGACAUUUCCGAUUUCUAUUAAGCAGCCUGGUCCAAGGGAAUCUCUUAUAAGGUGUUUUAUAAAAAGGAGUCGGUCCACUCAUACAUAUCAUUUGUUCCUCAACUUAACUCAAGCAUUAGCUGAUAGCGGAAAGUUUCUUCUUGCUGCUCAGAAAUUUAGGCGUGCCACAGUCACGGAUUACAUAAUCUCUCUACAUGGUGAUGAGAUGUCAAAGGGUAGCAGUAAAUACAUUGGGAAGCUAAGAUCUAAUUUUCUGGGAACCAAAUUUGUAAUAUACGACGCUCAACCAUCACAUGCUGGUGAUAAAAUGAUGAAGAGUCGUUCAACUAGACUUGUGGCCUCAAAACAAGUUUUGCCUGUUGUUCCUGCUGGCAACUAUCCUGUGGCCCACAUUUCAUACGAGUUAAAUAUGUUAGGUUCCAGCAGGGGCCCAAGAAGAAUGCACUGUAUUAUGGAUGCUAUUCCUGCUUCAGCUAUUAAGCGAGAUGGUGUGGCUCCUUUACAGACUGAGUUCCGGCAUAGUAGUGCUGAAACCCCUCCAUCAUUCUCUUUCUUCCGAUCAAAAUCAAGUCGCAUGGAAAAGUUUUUACCUGUACCUUUAAAUGGUCAGAAGGACGCACAUCUGAUUCUAAAAAACAAGUCCCCAAGAUGGCAUGAGCAACUACAGUGCUGGUGUCUGAACUUUAAUGGACGUGUUACAGUUGCUUCAGUGAAGAACUUUCAACUGGUGGCAUCUGCUGAGGAUGGAGAGGCUGGACCAGAACAUGACAAGGUCAUUAUACAAUUUGGUAAAGUGGGUAAAGAUGUAUUUACUAUGGAUUACCGCUACCCUAUAUCUGCUUUCCAGGCAUUCGCCAUAUGCCUUAGCAGCUUUGACACAAAGAUUGCUUGUGAAUGAUUUGAUCUAGCGUGAGAUUGUGAGCAUAUUGUUUUCGGUGUAUAUUUUUUCAAAAUUUACAUGAGCACUCCUAGACAUGUACGCAUGAGAUGUAUGCGAAAAUCAGUUUUGCAUUGUGCUUGUAUAUCUACUCUUUGAACUUAUGUGCAUUGUUAUUCAAAUGCAAUUUUUAGUGUUGUUAACA